AUGGAUGUAACUGUCACACCUUGGGUAACUGAAAGCACACUGCAGAAUACAAGUAACUGGGUGGAUUUUCAAAGACUAUCUAACAUGGCUUUGCUGAUCUCAAACCUUCUGAGAUUCAUCAUUUCCCUGGUGGGGCUGGCAGGAAAUGCUGUGGUGCUCUGGCUCCUGGCUUUCCGCAUGCAGAGGAAUGUUUUCUCUGUCUACAUUCUCAACUUGGGAGGAGCUGAUUUUGUCUGUCUGUCCACCCAGAUGGUAUCCUCCAUAAUGAGUUUGGUCGAAGGUAUCGAAUUACACCCCAGCUCCUUUUUCGAAGUUUUUUUAAUAGUGUUUGUCUUGCCCUAUGUUGUAGGCCUGAGCAUUCUCACCGCCAUUAGCACUGAGCGCUGCCUGUCUGUUCUAAAGCCCAUCUGGUAUCGUUGCCACCGCCCAAAGCACAUGUCAUCUGUCAUGUGUACCCUGCUCUGGGCCCUGUCCCUGCUCCUGAUCACCCUGAGAAUGAAGUUCAGUGUUGGUCUGUUUGGAAAAUAUGAUGAGGAUUUGUGUAAACUAAUUGAUUUCAGCAUUGUCACGUGGCUGAUUUUCUCCUUCGUGCUUCUGUGUGGGUCCAGCCUGAUGCUGCUGACCAGAUUGCUCUGUGGCUCCCAGAAAUUGAAGCUGACCAGGUUAUAUGUGACCAUCGGGCUCACAGUGCUGGUCUUCCUCCUCUUUGGCCUGCCUUGGGGUAUCAACUGGUUCCUCUUAUACUGGACAAAGUUUAUAUAUGAUAAUGACCCCUAUAAAUAUAUAUAUUUUAAUCUAGUGACAGAGAUACUAUUUUGUGUCAACAGCAGUGUCAAUCCCAUCAUUUACUUCUUUGUUGGCUCUUAUAGGCAGCAGAGAAGACAGAAAAGAAGGAGCCUCAGAGUAAUUCUGCAGAGAGCUUUGCAGGAUUUUCCUGAGGAGGAUGGAAGCCAAGGCAGCCCUCCUCGGGAGACCCUGGAGAUUUCAGGAGAUACUCAUGUGACCUAA